AUGAAGUGGUUGUUCUGGAAUAUUAGAGGUGUAAAUAAAAGGUAUAAACAGAAGGAAGUUAGGGAGUAUAUUAGAAGCAAUAAAAUAAAGCUAGUAGGAUUAGUAGAAACAAAUGUUAAAGAGGAUAAUGCUCGUAGAAUUUCUAAGUUUCUGGUUCCUGGAUGGGGCAUGCUAGCUAACUAUAAUGAAGCUAGAAAUGGGAGAAUAUGGAUAUUAUGGGAUGCAAAUCUGCUUACUGUUACUGGACUUCAUGAUGAUCCUCAAAUGAUUCAUUGCCUAGUUAGAAAUGCUUGGUUAGUUGCAGGGGAUUUUAAUGCUAUAUUAUAUCCCAAUGAUAGAAAAUCAUGUAAUCCAGUUAGUUAUUCAGAGAUCCAAGAAUUUGGUUACUGUAUUCAGCAAGCAGGACUAUCAGAACUACCUUGGAAGGGAGAUUAUUAUACUUGGACAAAUAAGCAACCUGAAGCAGAUAGAGUAUAUAGCAGAUUGGACAGAGUUUUUGGCAAUUAUGAGUGGAUGAUGACUUGGGGACAUUGGGAGACAACUUAUGAUCUACCUCAAAUCUCUGAUCAUAAUCCUAUGAUACUGACCCUAGCAGCUUCUUCUUGGAAAGGAAAGAUUGUGGCAUCCUUUUGGAACUCUACAAAUAAAUCUGGAUCUAUGAAAGCAAUAUGGUCUAAGCUUAAAGCAUUAAAAGCCCCUCUAAAGGCUUUGAAUGCUAAGGAGAUCAAGGGCAUUACUCAGAAGAUUGAUCAAGCCAGACUGGAGUUGAAGGAAGUUCAAGAACAACUUGCAAAUUCUUACUCUGAUGCCUUAUUACAAAAAGAAAAAGAAAUAAAAGCAAGAGCAAAAUGGAUUCAACUUGGAGAUUCUAAUACUAAGUACUUCACUGUAGUUAUGAAGGAAAGAUCACAAAGAAAGCAAAUCAGAGAAAUUACAAAUGGUUUAGGUGAUAGAGUAACUGAUCCUGCAAAUAUAAAAAGGGAGAUUCUGGGAUUCUACAAGGCGCUUAUGGGCUCAGCAGCUAAGUCCCGUCCUGCUAUAAAUAGAUUGUAUAUGGCUAAUGGUCCCACGCUAUCCCAGCAAGAAAGAAUGGAUCUUUGUGCAGAAGUAAAUGAUCUAGAAAUUUUGGAGAGUCUCAAAGCCAUUGGAGAUGACAAAGCUCCAGGAAUUGAUGGCUACAAUGCUGUUUUUUUCAAGAAAACCUGGAGUAUCAUCAGCAGCCAAGUUAAAGAAGCUGUCAAGGAAUUCUUUCUAACUGCCAAGAUGUAUAAACCAGUAAAUUACUCCACCAUCACUCUAAUACCUAAAGUCUCCAAGCCCACCACAGCAAGGAGUAUAGACCAAUUGCCUAUUGCUCAGUGA